AUGAAGUUAUCACAAGAGGCCUUGGCCAACUUGUCCAAGCAUAAAUACUCUGGAAUUGAUGAUUCAAUACUUGCAAAAUUGAUGCUGAGACGUUAUUGGGACUUUUGUAUUAAGUUGGUUCCCACCUGGAUUGCCCCCAAUCUUAUCACAUUGACAGGAACAUUCGUUGUCAUCUUUUCCUUCCUACUAGUUGGACACUACUCACCAGAAUUCGAAGGUUCAAUCCCAACAUGGAUUUACUACUUUUCCGCUGCUGCCUUGUUCUUUUAUCAAACAAUGGAUAACCUGGAUGGUAGACAGGCUCGCCGAACAGGCACCAGCUCACCAUUGGGCCAGUUGUUUGAUCAUGGAUGUGAUUCCAUUGUUUGCACUCUUCAAUCAUUGACAGCAACCAGCAUCAUUGGUCAGGGCGCAGGAUUUCUAUCUCUAUUUCAACUGUUCUCUACUGCAUUGCUUCCAUUUUGGAUGGCCACCUGGGAGGAGUACCACACUGGCGUCCUGCACCUCGGCCCUAUCAACGGUCCAGAUGAGGGAAUAGUGAUCAUUUGCUUACUGUUCGUGUUUACAGGCUACUUUGGCUCUUCUUUCUGGGGCACGCCAUUGCGCUUCCUCGUAGGUGACUCAAUUGGACGCCUACUUCCAACCCAGUUGCUCGACGUCAAGAUCAACGUUGUCAUGAAUCUGUUGAUGGCAGUACCAAUCACAGUGACCUGUGUUGUAAACAUCCGUAAUGUUAUUCGUCAUGUACAGGCCAAGGGCAAGUCUGCCACUCCAGCUCUGAUGCACAUUCUAGUCUGGGUCAUCAUGACGGUCUGUGCAUUCACUUGGUACUAUACCUCCACAUCUACCUAUCAACAAGAUUCAAUCUGGAUCAAAUAUCCCAGAACUGUUCAACUAUCAAUUGGCGUGCUCUUUGGUGAGCUAGUUAGUCGCCUCAUUCUCUCACAUAUGUGCCACUUGCCAUAUAAAGUGCUCCAAGUGUCGUUGUAUCCUAUUAUCAUCUCUACACUCCUUUCAGUUGCAAACUAUUGCCUCAACAAACCAACAUACAUUCCACAAGAGGGAGCAAUUCUGUUUGUCUUUACAACGAUCAGCUUUGGAAUCUACUCGAUAUUCGUCAAGGAGACAAUCCAACAGUUGUGUUCCCAUUUGAAGAUUAAGUGUCUCAGUAUCCCCACCACAAAC